AUGCAAACUUUCAUUCACCAGAUAUUAGGGUGGGCUGAUGAGGUUGAGUCUUAUGACCAGACCGGACAUGAACCAUACUAUUGGCCCUCAAAUUCUAGUGCCGGCGGUUAUGAGACUUCAAAUGAUUCCUUCUAUACAGCUAGUGAAGCGGAUUCCGAGGCAUCGACUGCGACUAUCGAACGAUCUGGGAUUCUUGAGCCCAUGGCAUCUGACGUUCACAAUGACACUCCGCACGAGGAGACCUUCGAGGGCGCAAAUGAGACAGCCAAUCCGCAUCCAUACUUAACAAUCUGCACAGAUAUCGCUAAGGAAGCUAUUUACAUCUAUGAACUAAGGAAAGAGGGCGUCAUUGAUGAUACGUGGAAUAGCAAAUCCUGUCUCCUCGCGCGCACGCUCAUCCAUAAUAAAGCGACUUCCACCUCGGGGCGCCUCCUCUGGCGCUGCGAUGUCAAUUAUGAUCCAGAAAGUGCUGUUACGGGCGACGUUGUGGUUCUGUACAUGCCUGAUCACGAUUUUGUGGAGAAGAUCGAGCAGGGCGAAGUCGUUUUUGACCAAGGUGUUGAUACAAAGCAAGAUUCGAUUCCGAUUCCGAUGAUCGAUCCAGACUUUUCUGGCCCUGAGCAAAGACUCGCGGGCCGAGUCUUGGCUUGGAAGGUUUGUGGUUUGGGGGAUUGUGACUGGAUGGAUCGGCGGGGUCGUCCUAUUGAUCUGGGUGAUCUCGAGGUGAUCCCCAACAUCAUCCACCUGCUCAAGUGA